UCCCUUCCCUCUGUGGCUCUGCGCUGACGGCUGCGCUCUGCUCAGUCUGCCGCUGCACAUCCACCGCGGAGCCACCACGCCGCUGAGGCGGACUGAUCGUAGCUGAGCUCGGCCAGCGGUGCUGGGUCAAAGCGCUGCUGCUGCAGGAGGAGGAGGAGGAGGAGGAGGAGGGGGGAGGGGAGCGGCAGCACACUUCUCUUCUUUCCCCCCUCCUGAAACCUUGCACAGCUUCAAGGAUUCAGGACAUCAUCACCUCACCGCGUCCUGGAAUAGUUUUUUGUUGCUGUUUUCUGUCCAUUUUUUCCCCUUUUUUCUUUCUCUUUUUCUUUUUUCUUUUUAAUUUUUGUGCUCCAGAAGACGCACAAAGUUGCAGCUGCAGAGGCGCACUUUUCUCCGAGGCUCUUCUCCUCCUUUCUGCGCUCAUAAAUCCGACAUGGAAGAUGGUCCGUCUUCAACAAGCUGUUUCAGAAGGUUAACGGACUGUUUCCUGGGUGCAAAACACGAUGGAAGAGAGAAGGCCAGUACAAGUGAGAGGAAAGAAAGUCAGGAAGCAGAAGACAGAGAGCGUGACAAUGAUGGAAAAAGAGAGAAACAGACCGUACAUGAUGAUGACCAAGGCUUGACAGAUGAAAAAGUGAAGGCCUACCUCUCGCUGCACCCGCAGAUGCUGGACGAAUUUGUGUUGGAGAGUGUGAGUGCUGAGACGUUAGACAGAUGGCUGAAGAGGAAGACCAGCAGCAGGCCUGCAGAUGGCACAUCGACUAAAGAAGUCAGCAGGUACCAGGACACAAACAUGCAGGGUGUGGUGUAUGAACUGAACAGCUUCAUGGAGCAGCGGCUGGACAUUGGAGGAGAUAACAAACUUCUGCUCUAUGAGUUGUCCAACAUAAUCAAAACAGCAACAAAAGCUGAUAGUUUUGCACUUUAUUUCUUGGGAGAAUGCAACAAUAGUUUAUGUUUAUACACUCCAAGGGGGGCCAAGGAUGGCGGUCCAAGUCUCGUCCCGUCUGGCCCCAUCUCAUACGGGACAACCAUUGCCGCUUACGUUGCCAAGACUCGCAAAACACUGCUAGUGGAGGACAUCAUAGGGGACGAGCGAUUUCCGGACGGCACAGGGCAGGACUCAGGGAUCCAUGUUCACUCUGUCCUGUGUCUCCCCAUCCUCACUGCCAUUGGGGACCUCAUCGCCAUCCUGGAGCUACAUCGGCACUGGGGCAGGGAUCCUUUCAACCUAAGACACCAAGAGGUUGCAACAGCAAAUUUAGCUUGGGCAUCUGUUGCCAUUCAUCAAGUACAGAUGUGCAGAGGCCUUGCCAAACAGACUGAGCUUAAUGACUUCCUACUAGAUGUGUCAAAAACAUACUUUGAUAACAUUGUGGCAAUAGAUUCUCUACUUGAACAUAUUAUGAUAUAUGCAAAAAACCUGGUGAAUGCAGACAGAUGUGCGCUCUUCCAGGUAGAUCACAGCAACAAAGAACUGUACUCCGACCUGUUCGACAUCGGGGAGGAGAAGGAAGGCAAACCUGUGUUUAGGAAAACAAAAGAAAUAAGGUUUUCCAUAGACAAAGGAAUAGCUGGCCAAGUAGCUCGGACAGGGGAAGUCUUAAAUAUCCCAGAUGCCUAUGCAGACCCACGGUUCAACCGAGAGGUAGACCUCAAAACUGGCUACACCACACGGAACAUCCUGUGCAUGCCCAUUGUGAGCAGGGGGACCGUUAUCGGUGUGGUGCAGAUGGUGAACAAGCUAAGCGGAAGUGCCUUCACUAACACCGAUGAGAACAACUUUAAGAUGUUUGCUGUCUUUUGUGCUCUGGCCUUACACUGUGCAAAUAUGUACCACAGGAUCCGGCACUCUGAAUGCAUCUACAGAGUGACGAUGGAAAAGCUGUCCUAUCACAGCAUCUGCACGUCAGAGGAGUGGAAGACCCUCACCCAGCUCAACCUUCCUGAACCCAUUUACAAAGAAAUUGAAACGUUCCAGUUUGACAUCAGUCCCUUUGAGGAGAUUUGGCCGGCCGUCUUCAUCUACAUGGUUCACAGCUCCUGUGGAAAGUCCAGCUUUGAGCUGGAGAAGCUCUGCAGAUUCACCAUGUCAGUGCGGAAAAACUACCGCCGUGUGCCCUACCACAACUGGAAGCACGCGGUCACAGUGGCACACUGCAUGUUCGUCAUCCUGCAGAAAACCACUGGGAUCUUCACAGAGCUAGAGAAGAAGGGUUUGUUGGUAGCCUGUCUAUGUCACGAUCUGGACCAUCGAGGUUACAGCAACACAUACCUGCAGAAGUUUGACCAUCCACUGGCUGCUCUGUACUCCACCUCCACCAUGGAGCAGCACCACUUCUCCCAGACUGUCUCCAUCCUGCAGCUGGAAGGGCACAAUAUUUUCUCCAACCUGAAUUCCAGCGAGUACGAGCAGGUGCUGGAGAUCAUCCGGAAGGCCAUCAUCGCCACCGACCUCGCCCUCUACUUCAACAACCACCAGCAGCUGACGGAGCUCCUGGCCACCCAUGGUCUGGACCUGAACAACCAUUCGCACAGGGACCGUGUGAUUGGUCUGAUGAUGACAGCAUGUGACCUGUGUUCUGUUACCAAACGGUGGCAAGUCACACGACUCACAGCUAACGACAUCUAUGCUGAGUUCUGGGCUGAGGGAGAUGAAAUGAAGAAGAUCGGAAUUCAGCCGAUCCCUAUGAUGGACAGAGACAAGAAGGACGAGGUUCCCCAGGGCCAAGUGGGAUUCUACAACAGUGUGGCAAUUCCAUGCUACACGACACUUUCAGAGCUUUUCCCUCCAUCUCAUCCACUCCUAAAUGCCUGCAAGGAGAACCUGAAUCAUUGGGAGCAGAUAGUUCGUGGGGAGGUGGAGGAUGUUCUGCCCACCCGGCCCAGUGAAUCAGGCCCCGUCAAGGUGGACAACUGACUACCAAAGGGGUCUCUGACCCAACAAAGGAACAUACGAACUGAAUCCUGCCACGGUCCUGGACAUUUCACGAGGGAGAGUGGGGACAGGGUGGAGGAAGAAGGGAGGAACCACAGCCUGCGUCUGCAGGAGUUUGACGCGCUGAAAGCGGCUUGACUUUUGAAAAACACACAGUUACCUCAUUGGGUGACGGAGGUGUCCACACUGACGGUUCCACCGAUCCCAGAGACUGACAGACAACAGUCGGGGAGGGAUCUCAGUCCAUCACCCUGGGUCUUCUCAGCUUGGGAAAUCCUAUUUGAUAGAACGGUCUUUGAGUUCUUUCCUGUAUUUUAUUUUUGGUUUUUGUUAUUGUAAUUAUUUUUUUUGGCUUUUUCUUGUCAUUUUCCUUAAUUUGAACUGUUCCUGUUAUGGUCUUGUAUUUGAAGAGGCCUUACUCUAGACCUUCAACAGGCUAGGAUAUGUGAAUUUUGCUUUUCAGUUCAGGCUCCUUUGAGAUGGUACUUUUUGCCUUCUGUGUUGAGUUUAUUGCACGCGCACUACUUCAGCAAGUUAUUCCCAGAGACAGGAGGAAUGUCUAGAGCAGAUGUCUGGUGUAGCGACACCUUAUUCAGAAGCCGGACAUCAGAAUGUGUUUGCAAUUACUUUAUUUUUUUUCUUUUUUAGUAAAUAUCCUUUGCAGUACUUGAAUAAACACAACCUGUUCUAUGCGGAGAUUGCAGAAAUCCCCUAGAAACAUGGAUGAACUGUGAUGUUGACGUUGGUGAACAGUCAUGAGAGAGUCACAUUGUUUAAAGUCUGAGGUGGUCCCUGCAGCUUCUCACCCCUCAGCAUUUAGGAACCAGCUGCACCAACAUCGCUCUGAUCACCAGGAUCCAAACCCUGCUCGUUUAUUUUAAGCCAAGACUGCAUAAUCCAUAAUUGUACUCCCUUCUCCUUUACCGCAUCAUAAAUUACACUUGUGUUCAAACUAAAAGCAGUGUGUUAAAAAAAGUGACUGACUCUCUAAAUUUCUUAUAGCUUUUUUCCCCUCCAUACAAGCAAAUUCAUUGGGAACAUUGUGUAUUUAAUUUAGUAUCAAAAUAUGCAGAAAACGUACCAAAUUUAGAGUCAUUCUACAGAAACAGACAGAAAGAAGAACGUUUAAAACAAAUUAUUUUCUCUAUUAUUCUUUUCUAGAUUGAACACUCUUAAAGGUUUAGAUUUUUCUGAUGUUUAGCUGCGUUUCCAUUGUUUCUGAGAACUUUUUUACAUCUACAUAUGUUGCAUUUAGCCGACCCACUUCUACCACCUGUGAUCAGAUACUCCAAUUAGGCCACAUUCCUCAGUUUUGCACAUUUGAUGUCACUCAAUGAGUUUUCCAUCAGAUGAAGUUCCCAGGUUUUGGACUGUUGGUUAGAAAUCCAAAUGCUGCCCAGUUAGAGCUGUUUUUGUAGUUGUUGUCUUGUUAACGUUUUACCUCCUGGCUUUAUUUAAAUUGCAAACUAAUUGUAAAAUAUAUAAAAUUCUGUUAUUUGUGUCAAAGAGAUUCUAAAUUAAAUAGAGAUUAUUAGUUUGAAU